UCAUAAUAAACAACAAGCAUUUCAAAAAAAUCGGAAUGGAUCGAUCUAGGAAAAAGCUGUCAGACAGGAUUGGUUCAGACAAAGAUGCAGAUAUACUGGUUAACACUUGGAAGAACUUGGGUUUUAAAGUAAGUAGGUAUGAUGACUUAACAUCUGCACAUAUGAUUGAGAUUUUGGAGGAUGCCGCUAAAAAAGACCACUCAAAGUAUGACUGCCUUGUUGUGUGCAUAUUGAGCCAUGGAGUAUUGGGCCAUGUAUAUGGGUCUGAUGGAUUAAGCGUUGAAAUCAAUCAUUUAAAAGGAUUUUUUUCUGGAAGCAGAUCGUUGGUAGGAAAGCCUAAAUUGUUUUUUGUGCAGGCAUGUCAGGGGAAAAAAAACCAAAAAGGGCAUGCCAUUGAAACAAAUGCUGGAGUAAGUAUGAAGAAAAUUUCUCAAGAAAGACAGGAUUUAGAUGUUGACGGACCGACGGAGGUAAUUCCUGAUGAAGCGGAUUUCUUGUUAGCACAUGCUACAGCUCCUGGUUAUGUUUCCUAUAGAAAAGAAUCAGGGAGCUCUUAUAUUAGAAUACUUACAAAUAACCUGGAUCAAUUCGCUGAUAAGCUUGACUUGCUGACCAUAUUAACUAAAGUGAAUAAGGAGGUUGGACAAAUUGAAUUUAAAGGAGGAAACAAACAGAUUUCUGCACCUAUGUACACACUACGGAAAAAAGUCUUGUUCUACUAAAUGUAAUAGUCAUGUUGGCAAUCGUUACAAACUUAGUUCAAAAGGUGGUUCAAUUGAAAACAUAUUUCCUCAAUUAGAAUUUUCUCAUACUAUACCAAAAUGAAUAUUUUUCUAUGCUUUUUUGAAGACAUGUGAUUAUGUUGUAAGUAAAACAUAUCAGAAAUCAACACA